CGCAACGUGAGUUGCGCGAGUAACGUCAAACGUCAGCUGCAAUCAGCUGAUACGCGUCAUUCGCCGCAACAGAGCGUUUUUAUUUACUUUCUCGACCGAAAUGCAUAUCAUUGCCGUUCGUAUUUACGACGACGCAUCGGAAACGACGUAAAGAGAGUACUUGGAAUAAAGUCAAGCAUAUAUUUUGUUUAUUAUUGCGCAGGAUUAGCUAUAAUCAUGGAUAGCGUCCGCUCGCCGAUGGAUAACCUCUUUAACAUGCUGUCGGGCUUCAGCGCGGGUCACGAAAAAGCCUUGAAACAGGGGAUCUACAACGCGGUAGCGCUCUUCUUUCUAUGUCUGGUCUCGGCAGCCGGCUAUGGUCUGUACAUCAUCCUCAGCCCCUUCGUCAAACCCCUCAUCUGGGCCCUGCUAUGCGGUUCCGUUCUCUUCCCCUUCAAGUACUCAUUGGCCACGACGGUACAGUCCUGGUUCGCCAAGAUGGAAGUUUCCGAGUCCCCGCUGAUCGUCAACGUCAGUCUGCUACCUAUACACAUAUUCGACAAUAUUUCUGAGAAGCUGGGCUCCUUUUUAUGGACACGUAUCAAGUAUAUUGUUGGUGCAAUAUCGCUGGCGUUAGGACUUCUAGGUGUGUAUCAUUACACUCCCAACAUUAUGACGUGUCUCGCCUGGAGGAUAUUUCAGGUGUUCACCACCGUCUCUGGAUUCUUCAUCCUGACAUGCAACAUUUUUACGGUUUCAACAAUACUUGUUGGAUAUCUAACGAUAUUGUACAUUUACUGGACGCCAUCAAACUCCAUCCGUUUUCGCUACAUGUCAUUUGUGAUGUGGUUCAUCGUCACCAUGUAUCUCUCAAGUAUGGCAGGCGCUUAUCGAGUCUUGGUCUUCACUGCUCUGCAGAUCUUAUGCGCAAUCGGAUUUAUUUACGAAGUAGUAUUGAUUAUGGAGAGUCAAGAGCUGAACGGUAGGCACUUGACGUUUUCGGAGGCGGCGCGUUUCGCCUUAACGAAUAAUUUAUUACCGAGUCCGCAGGAAGAGAUAUUGUCUUCAUCGAAGAGCGAUGAGAUGCGAAUGAACGAUUCGAUUCCAGAGGAAGAGAGCACCUCAGAUACGCCGAUUCGUUCCAGGGAAGAGAAGACGAAGAGGCCAGCGUCAUCGGGAAUCGAAAGGAUCCCUACCGCGUCCAAGUUCGGCGUAAAGUCGAUGUCUCUGGAUGCGGAUGCUGGCCUGUCGCCUCUGCGUAAACCACGAUCUUCGUGUAAUGUACAUUCUGUAACGACAUUACGCGAUCGUUAUUUGCUCAGCAAAAUAAAGGCCGAAUUACGAAUGUCUCUAGAUAUGCAAGAUGAUGAAGUCGAUACCGAUAAAUAUAUGUACGGAGCGAUGUACGCGUGCGUCGGUAUGCUUCUUUGGAAGCACAGAUGGAUCUGCCACAUCUUGGUGAUCCCUUUGGUGUAUUACGUCGUCAAGCAGCUGGGCGGUUAUUUCGGCUUUUGGGAAACGAUACGCAGACACUGCGACUCGACGAUACAAGGGAUCAAGUCGUGGUGCCUCGAACGACAUCAAGCUCUUAUACCCUCUAAUAUCAGAGGUCUCUAUAAAGUAAGCAUUAUCGUGGACGAGAAACUCAGGAAUGUUCUCAAGGCGUCCGUCAACGCGGUAGCGACUACUUCUGUGAUAUUCGGGCUAAUCAUUUUCACCACUUGCGCAUCUAUUUUCAUAACGAUACAGGUUUAUGCGGAAGGUUUGCAUCUCGUUCAAGUAACGGGUGAAAUAUUGAAUUCUUCUCUGAUGAACAAUCCUGAUAUCGACUGGGUUCCGGAGAAAUGGGAAGAAUCUGUUAACAGCGUUUUAGAUAAUGCUUAUACUUAUGGACGAACCGCUAUAUCAGAAGGAAUUCGAGGUCUCGUGAAAGAUCUAGAACCGUCCAAGGCGGAGCAAAUGGAGAAGAAAGUCUUAGAGCUUUGGGAUCGUCUCUACCAGGCGUGGAUGAUGUCUAAUGCGGAUCCAAACUUCGUAGGUCCUGUUGUAGAUGCUGGAUCUGCAUAUUAUGCUUGGGAGAAUUUCAAGGAAAGCUUUGGGAAAAUGCCUCUCCAUCUUUUCAAUAUGACAAGCAUACAGAAUUUUGCCAAGGAAAAUAUUGGCAUUUUGAUGUCAGUGCUUGAUUCUAUCUGGAGCAUUGUUAAAGGCAACAUGUCUGUGAUACUGACAAUUUUUACAGAGCUAUUUUAUAUCGUACUCAUGAGUGGAUCAGCUGUAUUUAACUUUGUACUCAGCACGGUGGUCUUCUUUACAACUCUAUUUUAUUUACUCAGUUCCAGCGGUAAAACAUACAAACCCAUCGAAUUGACCACGAUGUUUAGUCCUAUUAGCUGUCACAGAUUUGCCAUAGCGUUACAAGAGGCGGUGAUCGGAGUGUUCGCGGCGACUUUCAAGCUCGCCUCCUUCUUCGGCAUGUGGACGUGGUUUAUCCACAAUUUAUUCCAAGUGAAGAUCGUCUACUUGCCAUCGGCCCUCGCGACUAUGCUGGGUGCAGUUCCUUUUUUGGACGCGUACUUUGCUUGCAUCCCGGCCACGAUCGAGCUCUGGUUCACUCGCGGAUCGAUGAUCGCUAUUCCUUUCUUCCUUUUCCAUUUUCUCCCGUGUAACAUAGUGGUGACGGAAUUCUAUAAGGAAAUCAAAGGCGGUGGACAUCCUUAUCUGACAGGCCUAUCCAUAGCAGGUGGGAUCUUCUGUUUAGGCGUAGAGGGAGCAAUCUUUGGCCCUUUGCUUCUAUGUUGCAUUAUGGUUGUCAUCAAUUUAAGUCGACGUUACCUGCAUUCGCCCGAAGAGGAAGUUAUGCUUCCAGCUUAUUCGAGUACUGUUCACGGAACACCAUGAUCAUAUUAAGAUAAUGGUACGCUUUAGCUCUAACACAUUAAUUUAUUCCGCUUAACAACGUUGUGAGCUACGGGCUUAAGAUCCUUAGCUUUUAACUGUAAAUAUUCAAAGUUUUAUAUCAAAUAUUUUAUGAAAGUCUGUACGAUAACUGGACUAAACGCGUGCAGCGCACACGAACAUGUAAAAGCUGGGUCCAGACCAAACGAUUAUCAGCGAACGAACGUGAAGAGGAGUUAAUUAUUUAAUAUUUUUAUCUUUUUAUAAUUAAAUAUUUUUUACGAUUUUUUAUAAUUAUUUAAAAAUUAAUUUUUUAUUAAAAAGACUAUUAAAUCCUUCUUUUCUGACUAUUAAAUCCUCCUCUGCCGAUGCUCGCUAACAUUCAUUCACGAUUGUUUGCAUUUUAUAUUCGCAUUUGUUUGGUCUAGAUCCAACUCAAAAUCAUAUGUGCUUUACAUAUGUACUCAAAAUCAUAUGUGCUUUACAUAUGUACUCAAAAUCAUAUGUGCUUUACAUAUGUACUUUUAUGUGAUAAGAGAACUAACAGGGAGAAAUCUCGGCUUACGCUUAUUAGUCUUAGAAAUAUAUCAUAUAUUACAGAUUUUCUUAGUCUUCCAUCGUCUUUGAUUAGAAAUUUGAUACAUAUAUAAUAUUAUAUAUAUACACACACACACACAUUUAUGUACAUA